AGGGGGGAGCAAUUCGAGGAUUUACGGUAUAUGAAAGAAAAAAGUCGUGGAAUGGCUAGAUAGAAGAUGCAGAUUUAUAUUUAGAUCACCAGAUGACCCAAGUUGCUUAAUCGUUGUAGUAUUUCAAUAUGUCAACUUGGAGCUGUUACAAUUACUUAUUUCGUAAUAGACGCAGAAAUUGGAGAAGGGGAAUAAAGCAUUUAAAUGCAUGUGGCGUGGAUGUGGCCGGGUGCUCAUGUCAUUACCCGGUAUUGUGCGGCAUGUGAGGACGGCACAUCUAGGACCAAAAACUGAAGACAACGUAGAAUUCUAUUUCAACGACUUGUUCAUUGAAAACGAUGCAUCCAUUUCAUCAGAUGACUCGUUGCUAAGCAGUGGUAUUUCAGACGACGAUGCUUUGCUUGAAAACGAGGAUACCAAAAAGGAAGGUCUACAUAUGACAGCGAGACGUGAUGAUGCAUUGAAAACAUUUUUACCAAGUUAUUUGCCUAAAAAUGAUAAUAUGCAAGAGUAUUUUUUGCCUAGAGCUGACAAGGGUGUAAGAACAAAAAUUGGAAAAAGCAAAGGACGGAUUCGGUCUUCCAGAGAAAAGGCUGGCUACGCUGGGCUCGAAACAGCGAGGAAGUGUCGUAAAGUUUAUGGAAUGGACAAUCGUAACCUAUGGUGCACUCAGUGCAGAUGGAAGAAAGCUUGUGUACGUUUUGGGAAGUAGGUUACCUCAGAAGAUGAAAGAUUAUGUAAAAUAUUGUGCAAUUAUCUCGAGAAACUCGAAACAGCCUUUAAAAUUUGCCUUAAUUCUUAGAACAUUGUAGUUUUAGAGUUGUAUUAAAGUUUUGUUAUUGCCUAUGCGAAGGGAUUUUAAAGUCGAACUAUUUUUCCAACAAAGACACAGCAACGUUCACUUUGCAGAUGUAUUUAGCUUCUUAGUCAAAAACGUAUUUCUUAGGUUUUAAGCUUUAUCAAAGGCUUUAAACUAUCAGAUUGAACAACUUCAACGCAUUCGUUUAAUUCACCAUUUUGAUACCAUGUCCAAAUUUUGUCAAAUUCAGUUAGUAGCUAACUUAUUUGCAAGUCAGAUUUUAGGAAAGGCCUUGCAAGCUUGGUGCUUUAGGCUGCAGCGAAAGAACAAAUUCAGUUUCAUUGUGUUACGUGUCAUAUUUUGUGAACACGUAGUGUUAGGUGUAAAUCAAGUUAAAUUUUACUGGCUAGCUAUAAUUGGCGUCUACCAUCCCCAGCGUCUUAUAAAGACCAAAAAUAUGACAAAAUUUUCGCAGAUUUAGCCGUUAACAGUGUUGAUAGGCAUAUUCUUUUCGAAAGUAAACUUCUUUGGGAACAAGAAAUGUACUUGAACAAUAUCAUUGCAUAUGUAGAACCUACCUCAACCAAGCUUUCCCUCGGCCCAAAAAAUUUCUCGGAGUAGCAGCUCUUCUGUCAUCUAGAGUUGCUUUCGAGGCAAUUUAUCACAUCAAUAAGAAGCAGGAAGAACAUGGCCACAUCGAUAUUUCCCACAUUGCUGCUGAUAUUGUUUUCAUUCCCCACGUGAAAAUGUCGUCAGAUUCCAGGUUAAAUGGUUUCCCGCCAGGGCAAGGAGCCUGGGGCAAAGUUUCUUUGCAAAAUGGCGGGAGCUGGAAAACUGACUACGAAUUUACACAUAUAUCAUAUCCGAUUUUCCUUGCAACGUUUAAUGUUUGUUCAAACCAGGAUUGUUAGACAGGUUCAAUCAAAGCAAGUGUUUAAAUCGAGGCAUAACAAUUUAACAAAUGCAGUUACCCUUUGGGCGGCGGAGCCAGUGGGGGGGGGGGGGGGGGGGCUUUGCCCCUUUACUUGUCGUCAAAUUUUCUUAUUUCGUUAUAGCUACAAAACUCGUCCCCCCCUUCAAGAUUCACUCCGCCGCCCCUGUACCCAAGGAACGUUUUAAAUCCUAUCCGUUCAAAUAUUGGUUACCUGCCUGGUCUUAUCUGGCAACCUCAUAACUUAAUUUGAUUUUACCCAUGGAAAAUGCAUAAAAAAAUUCCUUAUUCUGCUUUUAACUGUUUUAAUCACCGGAAAUGGUUGUUCGUUAUAUCAAAUAAAAUGAUAACUCUUUUGUACAUACAUAGUUUAUGCUAUCAUAGAAUCCCUUCGAUGUCUUUGUAGUUGGUAUAUUGCUUUCGGUAUAAUAAGAGGAUAGAGGGUUCGAGCAAGCAGCUUUUGACAGCUAAUCCGAUACAACGUUUACUUAUGCUCAGCCAGAAACAUGUAUAAAACAACAAUCGCUAAAUGCUUUGGGUUGUCACUUGACGGGUUUGCGUCUGUGUAGAAAAAGCACCCAGAAUUGAAGCAUUGAGUCUUGCGAAUUAUUCCCUGUAAAGUAUUGUCGUGUGAACGGGACUAAAUCUCGACCACAAAGUGAGAACUUUUACAUCCUUAAGUAGACGUGAUAAGUUAUUUAGCAUAAAUCAAACCUGUAACUUCAGAAAAUAGUACUUGGCACAGCUAUUGAGACACCUAAAUACAUUAUUGUAGAUCCGUUAUUGUAGACCGUUAUUGUAGACCCGCCAGCUCUCCCAGUUUUGCUUGGAGAAUUUCCCGUUUGAAGAUGUUUCAGAACCAGAAAUCUGCAGAUACAUAUCAGGUAACUUGCCUGCAUUAUAAAUGUCCUCACCCCCCCCCCAAAGCAGUUCGGGAUUGUAGACCUGCCCGCUCCCCCAGUUUUGCUUGGAGAAUUUCUCGUUUGAAGCAGUUUCAAAACCAGAAAUCUGCAACUUGUGCUUCAUUACCAUUCCACGUUUUAAAAUGUAAACAUUCGUUUUGAUCAUGAGGGCUUCUUUUCAGAUAUCACCUGAACAAGGGACCUUUUAGGUUGGCAGGUUGGCAGGUCUACGGACCCAUAUGCUGUUUCUCAUGUUUUUUUAAUAAAUUGUUAUGAUGUAAUGAAAUAGCGAAUAUUUUCUUACAACCUUGGGUUCUUUAUGUCCUUUUUGACGAUCCCUCCCCUCUUCCAAGAAAUUAGCGAGAUGUAAUCGUCGUGUAGAAACGAAGAAAAUAAGAUAAAAGAUGUGAUUCGUAAA